GCUCCAGACGACGAGAAGUGCCUGAAGAAGCUCCUGCGCGAGUUCCAAGUGCAAUUCUGCGGACUCGGAGUAUCUGUCGCAAGACAAUACUACCAUGCGAGGAAGGGCGCCGAUGAGACACCGCUGGAAUACCUUCACCGCCUGAACGUCGCAGGACUGAGGACGAAGCUACGCGUGAAGAGCGGUCCAUCCGACGUUCGCCGCGAGCACGUAGUACAUUUCAUUGAGACCCUGGACGACCGUGAUCUAGCCGAUCAGCUUGCGUUGCUGCGUAUCUGGGAUGCCGAUGCGCUGGAGGAGGUACUGCGGGCGAGACAGCGUGCUAAGAACCGUCAGGGACGAGCACGCUUCAGCCUCAGCCUAUGUACUGAGGCCACU